CCACAGACAAUGUUCUUGGUGCGCCUGACUUCUCAACUGGUCCGGGCUGCUCCGCGGUCAGGCUGUGGUCGGCCUUGGCCUGCUUCAGGGGUGCUGGGCGCUCAUGCCUGUAGGCCCCGCUAUAGCACGCAACCGGUGGGCCCAAGCAGAGCUGCCUUACUCCCUGGUAGGGGGACCCAGCUGGAACUGGAGGAGAUGCUGGUCCCCCGGAAGAUGUCCAUCAGCCCCCUGGAGAGCUGGCUUACAGCUCGCUGUCUCCUGCCCAGCCUGGGUCCUGGGUCCUCAGGGACUGUGACUCCUACGAAGCUCUACGAGUGCCCGCCUAGCCACACGAGGGAGGGGGUUGAACAGGGGGGAGAAGGGGCCUUGGACUUGCCCCAGAUACACUGUAAAAACGUGCUGAAGAUUCGCCGGCGGAAGAUGAACCACCACAAGUAUCGCAAGCUGGUCAAGAGGACUCGUUUCCUGCGGCGGAAGGUUCGGGAAGGGCGCCUGAAACGAAAGCAGAUGAAAUUUGAGAGAGAGUUGCGCCGCAUCUGGUUGAAGGCUGGCCUGAAGGAAGCCCCUGAGGGCUGGCAGACCCCCAAGAUCUACCUGAAGGGCAAAUGA